CGGCGGGGGUCCGAGCUCCCCGGUCUGAGCAGCCCCGGUCCUCUGUGGCGAGCGAAUUCAUUUGUCUGGAAGAUACUAAAACCCUUCAUCAGUGAUGAACUGCUUUCUCUGGUGUGUCCCAGCCUACCAUAAAUCACCCCUGGCUUUGGGCCCAUGAUGCGGUGUCUGUCUUUACUGAUUGAGAGGCUGAAAUUAUUUUUUUGCCUGAGAAAGCUGGAAAAUGUUUAAAAAUCACUAUCAGGGUGGCCCAUUUGUUGAAAUAUUCAGUGCUCAAGGCAAGAACCCAGGAGCAAAAUGGAAGAUUUUUGGCAAUCCAUCAGCUAUAUGGAAAGAAUAUGAUAAAGAAGUAAAAGGCUUUGUUUUUGUACUUGAAGGAAGCAGUCAAAUCAACAAAAUGCAGCUACCAAAGGAAACUAGACAAACUUUGGGACUGAUACAGCAAUUUCUGACACUUCAGAUUUUUGUGCCACUGGGACAAGACUUCUCCACUGAGUUACUGGUAACUGAUUUAGGAAAUAUUAAAAGAAGAUUGUAUUUAUCAACAGUCCACAAGGAAUUGUCUGUAACCCCUCUGCAUGCAAAAAUUCCUCUGUUUAUGAUCAAGCGCAAAAUAUGGUGCAAUAUGUGUAUUGACUUGGUAGCAUUCACCAGUGAAAUAUUCAGAGGAGCUGUCUUCCAGUCUUUGGAUGGUAUUAUUAUUUCAGCUAACUGUAAACUGAGAAAGAUCUUCACUUUAAAAUCCAAGCCUCAAGAUACAGCUGAGGAAGAUGAUACGUGUGUUGUUCCAUUCAUGCCAUAUGAGCCCACAGAUGUUAUUCCUCGAACCUGCCAGCUAAAUACAGAUGUGCCACAAGUGACACAAUUGCUGAACCUGACUAAAAUUCAUAAACCAGAAAUAAAAUGCAGCAGAUAUCCAGUAACGGUGCAAGAAACAGGUAGCUUGGUUAAUAGAGGACAAGGCAGUACACGCAUCAGUAAAACUCAGGAUGUAUCACAUAUUGCAUUUGGAUCAAAGAUCCUUGGGCCACCUCCGUCCUCAAACAGAAGAGUCAGCACAAGGGGAUCUGGAGAGGUAACAAAGAUCUGCAGUAGCAAAAGUACUAGAUCGUGCCGACUUCAAAGUUCAGGAAAGAGAACUGAAUCCGUACAAGACAUUGAGAGAUCGGAGCUAUCAUUCUCACCAUGCAAUGAUUCUUCAGAUCGAGGAGGCAAAAGAGAUACUUGCCAAACAACUAAAGUUCUAUGUCAAAAUGACCCUGCAAUUCAGACUCAGAAAACCUCUGAGAGUGGAAGAGCAGAUUUUCAGCCCACUUCACCACAACGGCCAUCAGCAGACAAGAACAGUCAUACAACGUUAUCUCUAAAAAAUGCAGCCAAAAGCACAUGGGAGAUAACCAGUGAUGAAUGGGUGUUUCCAGAAAGUUUCACAGAGAGCAUUCAAUUGGAUAGGAAUGAGCAGUUCGUAGCUACUGGAAAUUCAGCCUGCCACAAUUUAACCUCACCACAGAAUGCCUCUGUUGAACAUCACAGCAACGAAACAGGUGAUCACCAAGUGAAUAAUAAAGAGAUUUUCACAUUUUCAUCAACACCUCGAUCAGCGCCUCAUGGGAAGUCUUCAAGUAUGUCACCAGAGUGUUGCAUUUUCCCUUUGGAUUUGAAGCAGGACAGUAACAGAGUACAUGGAAAAACCCAAAUUGAAGAUAACUUUCAAGGAGCUGACAGCAGUGGAGAGGAUGACAACAAUGAAUUUAUCUACAGUGCUGACAGCCUUGAGAUCAGCCACAGCUGGCAAGAAACAUCUGAGUCAGCAGUUUUUAAAGAGAGCCCAUUAAAGAGUACGUCAUGGGGAAAUGAAUACCGGAAGAGUAAGGAGGAGGAGGAGAGCAAGCAUAACCUCGAAGAGACCGUCGUAUCAAAACCACAGAGUUCCACUGUGAAAAAAACAGAUUCUGUUAGCUCUCAGAGAAGCUUAAAGCCUAUCCUUUCUCUUUCUCCAACUGGACGUAAAUCUGAAUUCUUUAAAAUAAUUCCAAAUGAAGCUGAAAAGACUGAAAGAUACGAAGGAGUUUCUGAUAAAUUAAAACGAUCCAUCAGUAAAAAAUCUCUCAAGAAAAUCUCAAGACAAAAUCCAUGUCUGACAAAGCAGACUUGUGAGUAUGACUGGAAAAACUACCAGUCAAAUAAACUGAGUUCAUCUGAGCUACAGAUGCUGGCUAGCAUGAAGAGAGAAGAAAGCGAAGAAUUAAGGGAUACUGGGAUCUCACAUGGGCUGAGCGCAUCACAGAUAGACAACUGCAAUGUCAGCAUAAGUACAAGCAGUGAUGAUACAGCAACCUGGAACUCGUGUUUCCCACCACCUGUCAAUCAAGAGCAUCACUAUCAGAAAGAAAUGAGCCCACUUUCUCAUUCCAACCCACGGGACUGGCUGAACGCAUUCAGUCCUCCCAUCAUUCCUGGAAGCCAACAACUGGAAGAACACAAUAAAUCUUCAGCAAAUCAGAGUAUUCCAGGUGAAGAUGACCUCAAUGCUGAAGAAGAUGAGGAAGUUUUGACUCUUUUGUAUGAUCCAUGUCUGAACUGUUACUUUGAUCCAAAUUCUGGGAAGUACUAUGAAUUGGCAUAGUCAGAUCAUGAGAGGAUAUCAUUUUGUAUUCAGAGGAUGUUUAUCUUUUAACUGUUUGUAAAGUGUGACUGAUAUGUAUCAUUUAUCAUGUAACUUAAAACUUGAACUAACCAAUAGUUCUGCAUAUGAAUGAAUAUAUUUUGUAAAUAGUGUCUUAUUUUUAUAGUUUUGUAUUAAGUUGUAAUGCAGUGCAAAAUCACAUAACAUAAAAGUUCCUUGUGACUAAGACAUGUAUUUGUUAGUCUGAUUUAUUUCCAAUAUUCAAAAGUUCUAUAUGGAAACAAAUGAAGUUUAAUCAAGAAGGUUUUCGGUGUUUAUCUGUAAUUUAUGGUUUUAGUCAAUAAGAAAAAAAAAUUAUUACUUACUGUGUAUUUUUAAUUGGUUCUGAGCUGUCUUGUUCUUUAUACAGAUAGACAGUAUGUUGUUCAAAGGCCUCCAUUUCAUAGGCUCACUCUCUCCUUUUAGAUAAAGCAGUAUUUUCCUCAUCUUCAAGAAGUUUUCUACUGUUGCAUAUUACAGUAAGGUGAUGAUGUCAGAGCUGUAGGGUGGGACAGUGUGUACAGUGCAAUGCACUUUAAGGUGUGUGCAUGAGCAGUUUAUAAAUCUAAACCACAACAGAGUAAAUAUGGCAGGCUUUAAGAUUAUCAGCUACUGUCUGCUUUACUGAUGUAAUUUAACAUAAGACUGAAACGUCAGUCCUUCAACACUCAAAAAUUGGAGCCUUGUUUCAUUUAAGGCAAGAAGGUGUGUAUGUGGUUCAUAUGGGAAGCUCUGGUCAGAGUCCAAGUCUUACUGUUUGUAUUAGUUUUU